AUGUUGGACCGUGUUGUAAGUACGUGUAUUGAUGGACGUGUAGUGCGUAUAAACGUAAUGCAACCGCUGCCUAUGAACUUUGUUACUGAUGAUCAGUUACCUCCUGAUAGGAAAAGUAAUGUCGUUCUUGCAAAAUAUCGUGAGGUACGUUUGGAAAAGCAGAUUAAUAAAGAGGUACAAAGAAUUAAUAUUAAAAUUUGCGCGAGUGAAAUAUCUGCUGCACUGCCAAAAGUAAAAGUUCGAAAAUUGUCUCAGCAGUUCUUACUCUCUCAGAAAUUUGACAUACCAGAAGAUUACAUGACAUACCAAGUCAGACUAAAUGAAGAAAUGGACAGCAUACUAGAAUACGAUGUUGAUGAAGAGGAUAUGGAAUGGUUGAGUAUCAUUUCUAAAAAACUGGAAAAAUUGGGUGAGAAGCCUCUUUCCAUUCGCAAUUUUGAAAUUGCCAUGGAUCGUUUAGAAAAAGAAAGCUUCUUCCAAUGUUCAAAAGGUGAUAACAAUUAUAAGUGCUUAGUUGAUCAGGAUGCUCUCUGCUGCGUCUGUAAUGAUGGCGAAGGCAGCAAUAUAAAUCAAAUAAUUUUCUGUGAUAUGUGCAAUAUAGCUGUACAUCAGGACUGCUAUGGUGUCCCAUAUGUUCCGGAAGGUCAGUGGCUUUGUCGCCGUUGUCAAAUGUCGCCAUCAAAGCCGGUGUCUUGUGUUCUUUGUCCAAGUUCUCACGGUGCUUUUAAGCAGACUAUUGACAAUCGCUGGGCUCAUGUCGUUUGUGCUCUAUGGCUUAAUGAGGUUCAUUUUGCUAAUAAUGUCUUCAUGGAACCAAUUGAUGGAGUUGAAAAUUCGAUAAAGCGAAGACAACGGUUAAGAUGUAUUGUAUGUAAACAGAAAGUGGGAGCUUGUCUGCAGUGUUCUAAAAAAAGUUGCACGCGGUCUUUCCACGUAACAUGUGCAAAUGCCGCUGGUAUGGAAAUGCGGGCUGAAUUAAUUGACACUAAAAAACGUGAUAAUAGUGCUGAUAUCCGAUAUAUAGCUUACUGCCAUUUUCAUUCCACAAAUGUUGCAAAAGGGGAUGGAAGUGAUUUUUCCAAGCAAAAGAAAAAAGUGGAAGAAAUGAUGAAAGAAGCGCGUGAAAAACUGGCAGCUAGUCAAGCGGUGAUCCCACCGGUUUCUAUUCCAACUGUCCCUUCAUCAAGCCUGAAAAAAAUUUGCGAGAAAGCAGAUAUUUCUGAAGCUGUUGUUCGUUAUAUUGUUGCCUACUGGUCUCUGAAAAGGAAAUCCCGUUUUGGCGUGCCUCUUUUACGAAGACUAAUCCACAGCAAAUCACUUCCAAAAACGUCAGACACUUCGUCAUCAAAUCAGAAUGCACAUAUGGACGAGACUAAGAUGUACUUUUUACUUCGAACAAAUCUUGAACGUGUUCGUCUGCUCUGUGAACUUGUGAAGAAACGGGAAAAAUUGAAAAAAGAGUUUUAUGAUAUGACAGCAGACUUAUUGAAUCGAUUAACAAAGCCGCUAAAUACAAUAAUGAGCGAUUUGAUCGAUAAAAUCGCCAGCAAAGAUUACAAUUCUGUAUUUGCGAAGCCGGUGUCGGAGAAAGAUGUGCCUGGUUAUUCUUCGGUUAUCAAAAAGCCAAUGGAUCUCUCUACUAUGAAGAAGAAAUUGGCUAAAGGUGAUUACAAAAACAUAUCACAGCUUAAAGCUGAUUUUAUAUUAAUGAUGAAUAAUUGCUCAACGUUCAAUCGCCACAACGAGUACUUUUGGAAGUAUGGUCAUCGAUUGCAUCGCAUCGGUUUGAAAUAUUUCAAAAUUGCAGACAAAGAAGUGCGAGCUCUUGCUAUGACAAGUGAAUUGUUGACAACGGUGAAAAUAUCAUAUACUUCUGUAAAUGAUUCGAAGCGUGAUGAAGAGUAUAAUGAGAUUGAUGAUAGAGAUGCGAGUGUAUCUAUAAGUCAGGAUGCGAUAGAAGAAGCUAUUAUACCGAUUAAAUCAACGAGAAAGCGCUCUUUGGAAACUUCUGAUUUGAAAAUAUCUGCAAAGCGUCCCAAAUAUGAUUCAAAAGGAUCAUUCAUGAUGUAUAGAACUAAUACGUUGGAAAGUUCGAAGUUUUUAACGACGGAUACUUCCACAAUGGAGGAAUCAAGUUCUGCAGAAGAUGAAAUGAUUCAUCGACGUGGACGACGGAGUACUCGAAGGUCUCGAAGACUGCCCAUUGUGGAACGUGUUGAAACGGUAGAAGUAUCUUGUGACUUCCAGCACGAUGAUAUUGUUUGGAUAAUCAAAAACAAUGAACGUAAAGUUGGCCGAGUAUUGUUGGGAGAUCUCCCAGUAGAUGAUAUGUUUAGGAUGAAACCACAAGAUUAUAGCCAGUAUGUUUUAGUCGUCUAUUUUGAUGGCCGUAAUACCUGGCAAUGGGUUCCACUCAAAUAUGUUUCGUACUGUCUUGUCAAUUCAUUAAAUAUUGCAGAUUACCCUCCCUCCAUUCGGGAAGCUCUGAAAAAAGCGAAAGCAUUUUUGUUCGUAUUUUUGGUUUCAUACUUGAUCUAG